AUGCCCUCCGUUAUCUCAGCACUGGUCAUUGUGCCAGAUGUUGAUGAUGUUCUGUCCAGCCGGUCCAGCAAUGCCCUCCGUUAUCUCAGCACUGGUCAUCGUGCCAGAUAUUCUGUCCAGCCGGUCCAGCAAUGCCCUCCGUUAUCUCAGCACUGGUCAUCGUGCCAGAUGUUUUACCAGCCGGUCCAGCAAUUCCCUCCGUUAUCUCAGCACUGGUCAUCGUGCCAGAUGUUCUGUCCAGCCGGUCCAGCAAUGCCCUCCGUUAUCUCAGCACUGGUCAUCGAGCCAGAUGUUCUGUCCAGCCGGUCCAGCAAUGCCCUCCGUUAUCUCAGCACUGGUCAUCGUGCCAGAUGUUUUACCAGCCGGUCCAGCAAUGCCCUCCGUUAUCUCAGCACUGGUCAUCGUGCCAGAUGUUUUACCAGCCGGUCCAGCAAUGCCCUCCGUUAUCUCAGCACUGGUCAUCGUGCCAGAUGUUUUACCAGCCGGUCCAGCAAUUCCAGCAGUUCGCCAUCACAGACUGUCAUAGCAUCCAUGUGUCAGCGAAGCGCUGGCACCCCCUUGACCGUGAAUGACUGCCCCGCGGGCCUACCACGUGACACGUACCUGCAGGUCCACGGCAACUCCUGCUGGCAGUUCGUCCUCUUCCGGCGCUACACCCACUCCAAGGCCCGACAGGACUGCGAGAAGAACGGCGGCACCCUGGCGCUGGUGAAGGACGCCGAGACCCAGAGCUACCUGUACCAUGAGCUGCUCAACACCUACAGGAGCCACUCGCUCGUCUGGAUAGGACUCAAUGACCUCGACAACGAGAACGUCUACAAGUGGGAGGACGGGACCCCCCUGGACUACCACAACUGGGACAGCGGCGAGGGCCCCGGGGCGGGCUCCAUCACACACAUCUUCAACCACGAGUCAGACGACUGUGUGACCAUCGACGCGUCAUCUGGCGGCAAGUGGGCCGAGUACCCCUGCGACUCGUACAACUUCCUCUUCUUCGCCGACCCCGAGGAGCACUACUACAUCUGCCAGUUCCAGGUGUCCGCCUCUACCUCCACCACCGCAGCCACCACAGUGUCCAGCACAGAAGUGACCCCCGCGCCCCAGACUACCGUGUCCACCAUCACCAACCCCUGCCCGCCCUUCUCCUGUGACCUGGACUGCGGUAUGAACGGCUUUAAGAAGGACCCGACCACCGGCUGCUCUUUGUGUGAAUGUGACACAAUGGAACCUCACACGAUGCUGCCUGCUCUAUUCCUCGCUGCUCUCUGUGUUGGCCUGGGCGCUGCCCAGACAACUGCCGUCGGCUGCCCCCCGGCCUUGACCCAAGACAACACCCUCCAGGCGGUCAACGGCACGUGCUACCAGUUUAACGUGGCCAAGCGCGUGACGCACACCGCGGCCAAGGCCGACUGCGAGAAGAACAGCGGCACCCUGGUGCUGAUCAAGAGCGCGGAGAUCCAGAACUACAUCUACACCGAGGUGAGGAACACCUACCACAUGAGCUACAACCCCCUCAUCUGGCUCGGCCUCAACGAUCUGGAGACUGAGAACACCUUCAAGUGGGACGAUGGCACCGCCCUGACCUACAGCAACUGGGAUGACGGUGAAGGCCCCACCGGUGGCUCCCUGUCCCAUAUUUUCAACCACGAACACAACGACUGUGUCCUCUUGGACGUCGGCUACGGCGGCAAGUGGGCCGAGUACCCCUGCGAGAGCACCAACUACAUCCUGUGGACCGAAGUGGAGGAACACGGCUACAUCUGCCAGUACCCCCUCGCCAGCGCCUAA